GCUUCAACGGUCAUUUCUCUUACCAGAAUGUCGCUGGGAAGAGGUCUCCGAACCGCGAGUCAUGUAAGACAUUGCAUUCAGCAAAAUCAAUCUGCGUCGUCGUCUCGCAUACAAUGGGAGUGUCGUCGAAGCGCGUCGAACUUCUUUAAUCCUCUGCAAUGGAUUCAAGAAAAAUUUCAACCGACGUAUAGGCAACCAGUAAAGCAGGAAACCCUGCAAUCCCAGAAAGAGCGCGCCAAAGAAGGCCAGCAAAGUGUGUUUGAAGUUGCAGCAACUCAAGAGAAGAAACGUCAGGAAGCCCGCACUGUCAUUAAGGGAGGAAUUGUUGCACCCCAACCCAAGAAGCAUACUGAGCAUAAAUACUCUACGGCGAACUUCAAGAUUUCGCAUAGAAAACUUAACAAGCUUGGUCGACAGAUUUCUGGGAUGCCUAUAGAUCAUGCUAUCAUGCAAAUGCAGUUCAGUGAAAAACGAGCAAGUGAUCGCAUAAAGAGUAUGUUGGCUACCGCCAAGGACCAUGCGAUACGCUACAAGAACUUGGAAUCCUCUAAGCUUAUCGUAGCUGAAGCAUGGGUCUCGAAGGGACCUAAAAGCCUAAAACGGUUUGAGCCGAAGGGACGAGCGAAAUACGGUAUCAGAGUGCAUCCUGAUUCACGGAUAAAUGUUGUUUUGAAGGAAGGCAAAACGUUCGAGGAGAAGAAGAAAGCCGAGCGGGAGAGACGAUUGAAAAAGAUUGUUUCAGCUGGUUUAGUGAGGGAAGAUGUUCCUCUGCGGAACCCCAGUGCAUCUUGGCAAUGGUAGACUAUAGAUUAUAUUUUCUGUGCUAGCAUAUAAUGUUGUCUCUUGGAAUUACAAGCUUUUUGAGCAUAUGUUU